UUUGAUUCAUAACAUCAUGAGCACUUUACGUUCAAAGGUUCUUGCUUGUUAUAAAAGUUUACAUCGAGCAAGGCUGAAGACAUUCGUAGGAGAUGCAGCAGCACUUGAGGCAGGACGCAAAAGGAUUAGACAAGAAUUCAUCAAAAAUAAGAAUGAAAAAGACAUUACAAAAAUAGAGGAACUAUUGAAAACUGCAAAGGAUGUUGAAAAAAUGAUGUUACAGUAUGUUGUGCAAGGCGUAUAUAAGGAAAGAGAAAAUAAAUACCAUAUUAGGAUAACAGAAGAUACAGCACUGGAAAAGAAUGCUCCUCUGCCAGCAAAGAAAUAGUUUGGACUUUAAAAACUCUUUAUCUAGGCUCAAAUUUACAGCUGUUGGGGUUUUGUUUCCAGCAAAAUUGGAGCCUACUGUUUGUCUAGCAGAAAUUUAGCCUGGGUUACUUGGCCAGCUGGCAAUUGGAACUCUUAAGAAUGAUGUCCAGGAAAUAAACCAAAGAGCUUUUAUUUUAUAGUUAUGUUAUAAAUAUAAUUAUAAAGUGUAUAGCUUUUUUUAAAUUUUAAUCAACCAUAUUUCAUUUCAAUGUUAUGUCUCAAUCUGCUGAGAUGUAUUGAUUUCUGUUACUUAUACCUUAGAGUACUCCUUAAUCUUACAGUGCAGUGUAAAACAAGAUGAAUUUAUACAUGGACUGAGCUGCCUUCAAAAUUAUCAAAAAUUACAACUAUUGUUUUCUA